AUGAUUCUGGGUGUGAUAUUGAGAAUUUCUAAGGAAAAGCUGGAGCUUGGAAGAUAUCUUGGAUUCUUUGAAAGUAUUCAAGAGCAAUUGCAAUCAAGUUUACAAUCAAAGAUACAGAUUUCUUCCACAAAGCGAGGCUGGAGUAGAUUCAGUCAACUCAAAUCAAGAAUCAGAUACAUUACCAAGCUGAGUCACAUCACAGUGACAUUAAUGAUUUUGUAUGUUUCACUCUUUGGUGGACACAAAGAUGGGAGUUUGAGAGAAGAAAACAUCAUUGAGCUUGUGGAUUUCCUUGAGGAUCUGUGGAAAAGAAUUGUAAAGGGUGGAGAUAAGAAAAAACAAAACCUUUUCUCCAAGAAGGAUGAAUAUUGCAUCAAGGGAUAUGGGAAUGGCUUGGAAGAUUGUUAA